CGCUUCACCGUGUGAAUGUGGGAGAGUGCGUUUGCACUGUAGUAGUCACGAUCAUGUCUAACAGGCUUGCCUAGCAGAGUAAGACAUGGCUGAAAUUAUUGCUGUCAACGCCAGUCUGCCUUCUCCCUCCGCUAUGAACGUCACCUUCCCGCUGCAGGAGGACUACCUGUUUGUGGAGACCAGGCACCCCAGCACUGUCCUGCAGGGCCUGAACAGCCUGCGGCUCAACAACGCUUUCUGUGAUGUGACUCUGUGCUGUGGAGGACAGGAGUUCCCUUGUCAUCGCAUUGUGCUGGCCUCUUUCAGCUCUUACUUCCAGGCAAUGUUUUCCACUGACCUGAUAGAGUCCAAACAGGAGCGGGUUGCCAUCAAUGGAGUUGAACCUCAGAUGAUUGGCAUGCUGGUGAGCUACGCCUACACAUCAGAGGUCUACAUCUCAAAAGCAAAUGUGCAGGCCCUGCUGGCAGCAGCCAACCUGCUGGACGUGAUGGCUGUUAGAGAGGCCUGCUGUCGUUUCAUGGAGCGUCAGAUGGACGAGAUGAACUGUGUGGGGAUUCACUGCUUUGCAGAGGCCCAUUCUUGUAAAGUGCUGGAGAAACGCAGCAUGGACUACAUCCUUGAGCACUUCAACAGUGUUUAUCAGCAGGAGGAGUUCCUGUCUCUGUGUGUGGACAAACUGACAGAAAUCAUUGCCAAUGACCAACUCAAUGUGCCCAAAGAGGAGAUGGUGUUUGAGGCCGCCAUGUCGUGGUUGAAUAAAUGCCCCACUCGCAAACAGAGCUUUGAAAAGGUCCUCGAGCAUAUCCGCCUGCCUCUGAUCAGCCCCUACUACCUCCACGAUGUGAUCGAGUCUCUGGAAGUGGUGAAGGAGAACCAGGGCUGCCAGAGGCUCAUCUCCGAGGCCAAGGACUACCUGCUGCUAAAGGACCGCCGUGGAGAGCUCUACUGCCCCAGAGCGAGGCCUCGCAGGUCCACAGCCAUGGCAACAGGGACAGCUGAAGUAAUAGUGACAGUUGGCGGGGAGGACGACAAAGUGGUGCUGCGCAGCGUCGAGAGCUUCGAUCCUGUGACGAAUCAGUGGAAGAAUCUGGCCUGUCUGCCCUUCGCUGUCAGCAAACACGGGCUGGUCGUGUCAGACUCGACCCUGUAUUUAGCAGGAGGGGAGUUUCCUGACGGCUCAGCCAGCAGGGAGAUGUGGCGCUAUGACCCCUGCUUCGACUCCUGGAUGGAGAUGGCGCCCAUGAAUGUAGCUCGAUCUGAGUUAGGCCUGGUGAUGCUGGACGGGUUCGUGUAUGCAGUGGGAGGGUGGGAGGGAAGGUCUCGUCUGGACUCAGUGGAGUGCUACAACCCCCACACCAACUCCUGGCAGUUCACAGAGUCUGUCAAGAUGGCCGUCACAAGUCCGGCUGUGGUGGCCCUGGACGGACUGCUCUAUGUUACUGGUGGAGCAGUUUUAGAGGAUGGAGACGGCACAGACCUCGCCCAGGUGUACAACCCUAAAACCUCAGUAUGGACAGAGGUCGCCCCGAUGCAGAUCGCGCGCUCUGGUUCGGCAGCCUGUACACUCAAAGGAAAGAUCUAUGUUAUAGGCGGAUGGCAUGCCUCGACAGAGAACACAGAUAAGGUGGAGUGUUACAAUCCCAAGACCAACCAGUGGACCAUGUGCGCCCCCAUGAAAGAACGGCGCUACCGGCCCGGUGCUGCUGUGGUGGAUGGAAAGAUCUACGUCCUGGGAGGAGAAGAAGGCUGGGACAGAUAUCACGACACUAUCGAGAGGUUCUGUGAUGAGACUGACACCUGGGAAAUUGUCGGGGAGAUGCCCACCAGUCGCAGCUGGCUCAGCUGUGUGUCUCUCCAGCUGAGGAAGGAUAUCCACAUGAGCAGCUCUCCUGGGACGCCAAAUGACAACUGAAGCAGGAUAUCGUGGAGGAAUCUUUCCUGUUCUUGUCUGCGCCCUCUUCAGAGCCAGUGCACUACAAAGCUCAGAGCUGUGGAAACCAGCAAGCUGAGAAGUGAUGCCUGGAUUUGCCAUACCACUGUUUGAGCUGUUACUGAUGGCAAAAAGUAGUCAGGGUUUUUAAAAAAAAAAAAAGAAAAAAAAAUCAUUGACGCUUAUGGAAUGAGUCUCACUCACUUGGUGUAGGGAAGAAGGCAAUGUUGAUGUCACAUGACCUCAAUUAACUGUAAUGGACGACUCAGUCAGCAGUCAGAACUUACUUUCUGUAUGAUGUGAACAUGUGUGGGUAUUGUUUUUAUGUCCCAGCACCUCUAAUCUGUGAAGAUUUUCCCAGCCAACAUAGUGUAUUUUUGUAUCAUUAUUAUGUGAUGUAUUUAUUGGGGUGUGACUAGCUGUGAGAAUGACCGUUGAAAAAAAAUAGUUUAACAUUUCGCUCUAUCAAAAGAAUUGAAUCGUGAAUAUUUUCAAAGAUUACCUGUGAAAAAGAUGGCUAUACGUAAGCAGUGUUUUUGUAAUUAAACUUUGUAAGUUUUGAAUGAUUGUCUUUACUACCUGUAACAUGUUCAGUAUAUUUUUGUAUUGUAGUGUGCGUCAUGCAUUUUAGUGAAUUUAAAUGCA